AUAAAAUAUAAAAAAUCAGGAAAAUAAAGGAGUUUGUCUUUUGCUUCUCUUCUCCAAUAUCAUUCUAUUAAGUUUUGAACCCUCUCCACUUCAAUCGAUAUAAACCGACUCUCUCCUUCUCUUCUUCUCUCCCCUAAAAAAAACACCAAAGUAGCUUUAAAUGCUCCGUUACAUAAUCUCUAUCUCUUUCCAAGAAUAUAUAGAGAAAAAAACAAAUAAUAUUCAAGAACUAGUAAGUUAAUAGAUAUCAUCAUCAUCAUCUAGUGAUCAAAACCACCGUCAUCAUCAAGCUUUGCCAUCCAGGAGAGAAGAAGACCAACACAAGAGAACAUACGAAGAUCAAAUCUAUCAUCUCUCUUCAUCAUCAUCAUCAUCAUCAUCUUCUGCUGUUACUAUCACACGCUCAAACAUCAAUAUUAAUCAUCAUCAAAUGCAAGGUCAUCACCAGAAUCAUCAUCAUCAACAACACUUAUCAUCAGCCUCUGCCACGUCCUCAGCUUCCCAUGGAAACUUCAUGAACAAAGAUGGGUAUGAUAUUGGAGAGAUAGACCCAUCACUCUUCCUCUAUCUUGAUGGACAAGGACAUCAUGAUCCUUCAUCAACUGCUCCUUCUCCUUUAUCUCAUCAUCAUCACACAACUCAGAAUUUGGCGAUGAGACCUCCAACAUCGACGCUCAACAUCUUCCCAUCUCAGCCGAUGCACAUAGAGCCACCUCCUUCUUCUACACCCAAUACCGAUAAUGCAAGAUUAGUUCCGGCUGCUCAACCUAGUGGUUCGCUUCGACCAUCUUCUGAGCCGUCCAUGGACUUGACCAAUCAUUCUCAUUUUCAACCUCCUCUAGCUUCUAAUAAAUCCAUCAAGAAGGAAGGGAACCGCAAGGGUCCUGCCUCAUCGGACCAUGACAUACCGAAAUCAUCAGACCCUAAAACAUUGAGAAGACUAGCACAAAACAGAGAAGCAGCAAGAAAAAGUAGAUUACGUAAAAAGGCUUACGUUCAGCAACUCGAGUCAUGUAGGAUCAAACUGACCCAACUAGAACAAGAGAUUCAACGGGCCAGAUCCCAAGGCGUAUUCUUUGGAGGGUCUCUUAUAGGAGAUCAACAUCAAGGUGGACUACCAAUUGGCCCUGGCAACGUCAGCUCCGCAGAAGCAGCGGUGUUCGAUAUGGAAUAUGCAAGGUGGCUGGAGGAGCAGCAGAGGCUGUUAACCGAACUGAGGGUGGCGACACAAGAGCACUUGGCCGAGAACGAGCUUAGGAUGUUUGUGGACGCUUGUUUAGCUCAUUAUGACCAUUUGAUCAACCUCAAAGCCAUGGUCGCUAAGACUGAUGUCUUCCACCUCAUCUCUGGAGCCUGGAAAACUCCAGCUGAGCGUUGCUUCUUGUGGAUGGGUGGUUUUCGUCCAUCAGAGAUCAUUAAGGUGAUUGUGAACCAAAUAGAACCAUUGACGGAGCAACAAAUAGUUGGGAUUUGCGGGCUGCAACAGUCCACACAAGAGGCCGAGGAGGCUCUCUCGCAAGGCCUCGAAGCAUUGAAUCAAUCGCUUUCCGAUAGUAUUGUCUCCGACUCUCUCCCGCCUGCAUCCGCACCACUUCCUCCUCAUCUAUCCAAUUUCAUGUCACACAUGUCCUUAGCUCUCAACAAGCUCUCUGCUCUUGAGGGCUUCGUUCUCCAGGCGGACAAUUUGAGGCACCAAACGAUCCAUAGGCUGAACCAAUUGUUGACGACACGUCAAGAAGCACGGUGUCUUCUAGCAGUUGCUGAGUACUUUCACCGUCUCCAAGCUCUAAGUUCUCUCUGGCUAGCCCGUCCUCGACAAGACGGAUGAUACUAAAACAAACUGAUGAAGGAAACCAAAAGAACACGAGAAUAGGUUGAUUAGUUAGCCAGCUUGACCUCUCUAUAUAUAUAUAUAUUGUCUCUCUACUCAAAUACAGUACAAUUAGGGAAAAUUAAAAUUGCUUGGCUUCUUUUGUUAUAUGAUUUUGAUAAAGAUGAUAGACAACUAUUUCCAUA